AUGGGCAAAGAAAUUGUUCGAGAAGAAUCACCUGGAGAACCUGGGAGACGUAGUAGAUUAUGGUUUCAUGAAGAUGUGCGUUAUGUACUUGAAGAAAAUACAGGUACGGAGCAAAUAGAAGGCAUAUUGAUAAAUUUGCCCCAAGGGGACCGCACGAUACGCUUGAGUCCAAAGGUGUUUGGAAAGAUGAAAAAACUUAGAAUAUUUAUAAACCACAAUGCAGGUUUUUGUGGCAAAUUGAAUUAUCUCUCUAAUGAGUUGAGAGUUCUUCAUUGGCCCAAAUGUCCUUUGCUCUCUUUGCCAUCUAAUUUUCAUGGAGAGAAACUCGUUGUUUUAAGAAUAGAAAGAAGCAUGAUUAGAGAGAUGGGCGUGACAUUGCAAUCUAAGAACUUAACAUCUCUAGAUCUCAGUUACUGUGAAUACUUGACAAAAAUAUCGGAUCUUUCAAGUUGCUCAAAUCUAGAGAAGUUGAUUCUUCAUGAUUGUAGAAGUUUAGUUGAGGUUCAUGAUUCUGUUGGACUUUUGGAUAAGCUUGUUCAAUUGGAUUUUACUUAUUGUUCCAGACUAAAGAAGUUGCCAAGAAGCUUCAAGUUGAGAUCUCUAGAAUUACUUGAAAUAUCUGAUUGCACAAGCCUUGAAAACUUUCCUGAAAUUGAGUGUGAAAUGGAACAUUUGAAGUCUCUCUGGUUAGAAAGCGUUGUAAUACAGGAGCUACCAUCAUCCAUUACAUACCUCAUUGGGCUCCAGAAGUUAUUUAUGUAUGGGUGCGAAAGCCUUGUGCGUCUUCCAAUAAACAUUUUUCAAUUGGAAUGUCUAGAGAGUGUUGACAUCAGAUGUUGUCCAAAUUUUGUAAAUUUUGGAAAUGAGGUGGGGCAUAGUGGACAAUCCAUGCCAGGUACACAGGGAAAUGAAAUUUCAUCAAGUAUGGAAUUGCUCCCAUUGUCGCCUCCAGAAUCAAAUAAUUUAUUUAAUUUCUCAUCCAGUUUGAGGAAAUUAAGUCUAUCUGGUAGUGGUAUUGUUAGCCUUCCUCCAUACAUUGAAGGAUUUGUUGGAUUGUGUGAGCUUGAUUUGGUAGACUGCAAGCAACUUGAAGAAAUUCUACACCUUCCACCAAAUAUACAAGUGUUAAAGGCUCAAGGAUGCGGGUUAUUGAAUCGCUUUCCUCAUGUAUCGACAAAAUCUUCAUUCGGUACACCUGACUUAAAACUACUAAGAUGGAUUGACUUAUCAGAGUGCAAUAAAGUGGAUGUGGAUGUAGUGAAUCAUGAGCCAAAUCCAUUAUUGGUUCAGGUGGAUAUUUCUUAUAUUAGUAUCUCAAUAAAUGGCAAGUUGAUUAGAAAAGAUGAAAUGUGGCAAGUAUCGCCUUCAAUGAACCCGCAUCAUGUAUGUCUACAAUACAUAGCUGCACAUUCUAUUGAUCAGAAGGUGUCAAGAAGUUACAAGGAGGGGAACAAUAUGAGGUUUACAUUUCGAAGUGAUUCAGAAUAUGAUGAAGCAAUCUUGAAAAGUGCUGGAGUCCAUCUAAUAUAUAUACAGGAAUGACAAUUUCAUCGAUCCUAUUCUACUUUCCAAGAGACACCUGCUAGAUGAUGGAUUGCACAUCAUGCCACCAUUUGCUCAGAAACAGACUACUUGGUCUUGGCCAACUUCACAUAGGCUGGUGAAGCUCAUCUGGACAAGUGGCGCAGCUUCCUGGAUGGAAACGUUGUUAUCAAAGAUAGAUUGUAGGAUGGAUCCACAUGUUGCUCCAGUUCAGAGACAACUCAAACAUAUUCAACUCCAAGAUCUACGGAGACAGAGUGGCUUUAAGGAAAAUGUACCAUAACCAGCAGAGGAUUGAUCCUACAUGGCUUUGAUUCACAUUCUUUUCCUAUCUGCUAACUUUUCAUUAUGUUUGUAUUCUACUGUACUCAUUUUGAGUAUGUUGUUUCAGCAUGUUCUGUGUCAACAUGCAUUGCCUGUAUCUUUAUUCAUGUUGUUAAUCCCUUAUUUUUAUAUCACAUCCGUUAUGUAAUGUUUUACAACAGUAAGGGGGAAGUAAUAAACUUUACCAACAUAUAUAAUAUGAGGGAUACGGAGAGUUUGUGAACUUUGUAUUUUGAUUUGUAGUUGUUCAUCAUAGGCUGUCUUAGUGCUUGAUUUGGGCAACUUUGACCUUCCCUUUCUAGCCCCCGCAAAGCUCAAAUAUUUCAAGAAAUCACUGUUGUUCUCCCUCCCAUACAUAAACCCUAGAUGCAGACCUCUCUUCAAUGAUCUUGGUCAAUUUUCUUCAAGUUAAUUCUUUCCUUUUGGAUUCAAUUGUAUCUCUCAAACAACUCUCUAAUGAAUUCUCGUCUUUCUUGAACAGUUUUAUCAUCAACUUCAGUGGAAGAUCGAUUCUAUCCUACUAAACUUAUCAAGACUUCAAUGGCCACUCUUGGUUUUCUCCUUGGGUUUGAUAAAAGUCCUCUUAGGAAGCUUGUGGAAUUUGCAGCAAAGUAAUCUCCUCAACCACUUUACUGGAAUUUCAGUACAUAUAUACACCAGGAAUAUUGAAACAGGUACAAGGCCUCAAAGAAUAUGUUUUUAGACCAAGACCAUAUUUUUAAGGGAGAUUUAAGUGCCUUGAAAACUAUGUUUUACAGACCUAAUGACCAUAAGAAGGGUAAGUUGAAUAAGGUUAGAAUUACAGCAUAACAUAGAAGGAAUUAUAAUUUUCUUGGAUUCUUUCCGCGUUAACCAAAUAGGAUGUGUAUUGGACCUGAUUUCUUAUCCCUUUUUCACCUUUUUAGCUUUCUAUGGGACUAUGAUGACCACUUCCCAUAUUGGAAAGGAUGCUGGAUGAAUUGUUAUACUAGGCAUUAGAAGGUCACCAUUAAAAGGCUGAAAUUAAUGACCAAAUUUAUGUGUGGAGGGAAGAAAGGUAAUGUGCGUGGAGCUGGUCUUCUUAACAUUUGUGGCAAAUGCAUGCAUUGAGAUGAAAUUAAUUAAUUUAUGUGCAAGUUAAGGGAAUCUAAACUGUUGUUGAUGUUCUUUUUCAUCUUACUGUAAUUGUUGAUCUUCUUGGGCUGCAUUUGUCAAAAUACAGGGUAAAUGCUUAAAGUCUCUAGUUUGAGAAAUGACACAAAUCAAAGAUCCUAAAGCUCAAGGAAUUGAAGUUUGGAAAUGAAUCAAAGGUUCGGAAGGAAUCAAAGAAGGGAAAGAAUUGUAACCAUAACAAAAUUCAAAGGGGUUGCAGUUUUUGGGGAUCAAGAUUGGUUUUUUUAAAGUUUUGUGAUCGUAAAGUUUGGAUCACUUAUGGCGUAGGUUGUUUACACGUAAAGUUGUGGUUUGCUUGGUUUUGGUUUAUAAAUAGGCAUGUUCAGAUUGGUUUUAUUGAUUUACUUAUUUAGUUUAAUGUAUAGGUUGUUCUUAUUUUACUGGAUUUUGAUGCC